AUGGAGACUUCAGCAUUCGUUAAGCAACUGGCUUCAAACAGCAGGACCGUGCGAGAGGAAGCGCUUGAGUCUUUGAAAAAAUACCUAACCACAAAACAAUUCAAAGACAGCAAGCAGCUGUCCUUCGAUAAGCUCUGGAAGGGGCUCUACUAUGCCAUGUGGUUCAGCGACAGACCUAGGCCGCAGCAGAGACUUGCUACAAACCUCGGAGAGCUGUUUGUGCUCUAUUUCGACAAGGCCGACAAUCAAGCCGGCAGUGGGGAGCUGACCAAGAACGACAAAGCGUUUUUGAAGUUCAGCAAGGCGUUCUGGCGUGUGAUGUGCAUGGAGUGGUACAACAUCGACCACCAUCGUCUUGACAAGUACUUGUUACUGGUGAGACGGGUGCUUGCGCACCAGCUGCGAUACCUACAACUGCGCGAGUGGAGCGAGGAAGUCGUGUCUGCGUACAUCCACUCUGUGCUGCGCAAGCUGCCUCUAAGCGGCGACAAAAAGGUGUACAACGGAAUACCAUUCCAUGUCAUUGACAUUCUGCUGGACGAGUGGGAGAAGCUGGUGCUGGGUUCGCCCGAGAAUGGAGACGACGACGACGACGACGACAGCAGUAACGAGGAGGACGAGGAGGCCAAGCUCCAGGAACAGCGCGAGCUCAUCGCAGCAACCCCCCUGUCUCAGUUUGUGGACAUUUUCAGAGACCUGGCGUCGAACACCGACAACAUCAAGGUCUUGCGUGAUAAGAUCAAAGAGGACAUUUUCAAAGACGAGAGGUUGACGAGAUGGGGUGUGCUGAGCGCCGAAGAGGUCCCGGCAAUCGAAGAUGACGGGGACGAUGGCGAGGAGUGGACCGGUUUCAACUGA